UCUGUGAUGACACGUGUAGUCAAGAUGGCGGCGGCGCUGGAGAUGUGGGCACUGAUAUUGGUGUCCACGCUGCCUUUAGUAACACCCUUUUAUGUACCAGGGGUCGCACCUAUGAAUUUCCACCAGAACAGCCCUGUUGAAAUAAAGGCUGUAAAAUUGACAAGCUCUAGAACACAGUUGCCCUAUGAGUACUAUUCCCUUCCCUUCUGUAAGCCUGACAACAUCAUCUACAAAGCAGAGAACCUCGGUGAGGUGUUGCGAGGAGACCGUAUCGUAAACACACUGUACACUGUUCUCAUGAACCUGGACAAGAAGUGUGAGGUGUUGUGUAAAAAGCCUGAUGAUCCCAUCAAACUGAGCAUGGAGGAGAGCAAGCUGCUAGCCGAGCGCAUCCAAGAAGAGUACUAUGUCCACCUUGUUGCAGAUAGGCUGGAUGUUUACACGAGGAUAGAGGAAGGAGUGGAAGAGGAACAGAGGAAGGACACACAGAAGGAUAUCCAGUUUGAGCAUGGCUACAGACUCGGCUUCACCGAAAACAACAAGUUCUAUUUGCACAACCAUCUGGCAUUCAUCCUGUACUACCACAAAGAAAAGCUGGAGGAGGACGUCGAACACAAUUACAGAGUUGUGCGUUUCGAGGUGAUGCCAAAGAGUGUAAAAUAUGAAGAUAUUAAAGCAGACGAGCGAAACACAUGCACAUUACCUGAAACGGUUGCCCCUAUCCCUCAGGAGAUCGACCCCACUAAAGAGAACAGAAUUCUCUUUACCUACUCUGUGCACUGGGAGGAGAGUGAAGUGAAAUGGGCAUCUCGCUGGGACACGUACCUCACCAUGAGCGAUGUGCAGAUCCACUGGUUCUCCAUCGUCAACUCUGUAGUCGUGGUGUUCUUUCUGUCAGGCAUCCUGAGUAUGAUCAUCAUAAGGACGCUGAGGAAGGACAUUGCCAACUACAAUAGAGAAGAUGACAUUGAAGACACAAUGGAGGAAUCUGGUUGGAAGAAUGUCCAUGGUGACGUAUUCCGCCCCCCUCAGUAUCCCUUGAUUCUUAGUUCCCUGUUGGGAUCAGGCAUUCAACUCUUCUGCAUGAUUCUCAUUGUCAUCUUUGUGGCUAUGCUCGGGAUGUUGUCUCCAUCCAGUCGUGGAGCUCUGAUGACAACAUCCUGCUUCCUCUUCAUGUUUAUGGGUUUGUUUGGAGGAUUCUUUGCAGGAAGACUUUACCGCACUCUUAAAGGCCACAGAUGGAAGAAAGGCGCUUUCUGUACGGCAACUCUGUACCCAGCUGUCGUCUUUAGCAUCUGUUUUGUGUUGAACUGUUUCAUCUGGGGAGAACACUCUUCUGGAGCUGUUCCUUUCACUACAAUGCUGGCUCUUUUGUGUAUGUGGUUUGGCAUUUCUAUGCCUCUCGUGUAUCUGGGCUACUAUUUCGGUUUCCGGAAACAGCCGUAUGACAAUCCAGUACGUACCAAUCAGAUUCCCCGCCAGGUCCCUGAGCAACGCUGGUACAUGAACAAGUUUGUUGGUAUCCUGAUGGCAGGAAUCCUGCCAUUUGGCGCCAUGUUUAUUGAGCUCUUCUUCAUCUUUAGUGCUAUCUGGGAAAACCAGUUUUAUUACCUGUUUGGCUUCCUCUUCCUUGUCUUCAUCAUUCUUGUGGUUUCCUGCUCUCAAAUCAGCAUUGUGAUGGUGUACUUCCAGCUUUGUGCAGAGGACUAUCAGUGGUGGUGGAGGACAUUUCUCGUGUCUGGAGGUUCUGCCUUUUAUGUUCUAGUCUACGCUGUUUUCUAUUUUGUCAACAAGCUGGACAUUGUGGAGUUCAUUCCCUCUCUGUUGUAUUUUGGCUACACAACCCUGAUGGUUUUGUCUUUCUGGCUGCUAACGGGAACGAUUGGCUUCUACGCCGCUUACGUGUUCAUACGAAAAAUUUACGCCGCAGUCAAAAUUGACUGAAAUAUUUCUUUCAGUUUCUGUUUCCUUUUUUUCUGUUUUGUGAAGCAAGCACUGAUGUGUGUGAAUUGCUGGUGUGAGGCACAGCAGCGCCCCCCUUUGGACUGGAGGAAUGAACAGAGAUGUGUUUUGUACACCGCUAUCAAAACCUUUCUCUCCUGUUAACUCUGCCUCAGCAAAGAUGUAAAGAAACAACAUGAACAGUUCCAUUUUUAAUGUCUGUAUCUUUUUGCACACACAACAUGGGCCAAAGUGUGUUGAUUGACUUUUUCUUUGUUUGGGUGGGUAUGUUGGAAUUUUGGGCUGGGUCUCAUGCAUUUUGAAGACAUUGAGGGUUAGUUGCAUAUAUCAUUUUACAAAUGAACGUUUUGUGUCCUUUUAAUAUAGCAUUUGAUUUCAACUUGUUCCUGUCUUUGAUUCAGAACUGAGUUCUUGAAUGCUUGUCUUGUUGAGGGGUGUGUCUGUGUGUGAAUGUGUGGUCACUCUGUGGUCAUUAUAUUUUGGCAUGGAAUGAAAUUAUGGGCAAGGAUAAGGCAAGGUCAUUAAAAAAAAAAAAAAAAAGUAGAUUUCCUUCUGUUUCCUUGUGCUUGCUGGUCAUUGGACCUAAAAGACUCUUAUAAUGAUGCAGUAUCGCUUUGUUUGUUAUUUGCCAUUAAGAAAAAGGUCUUGUUUUUCAGUGUCACAUAAAUUUGAUAUUCCACAUUAGAAAAGCCAUUUUUAUGUAAAAUCAUUUCUGUCAUGUAUAUAAACUAUUGCUGUAGCCAAAAACAAGUAUUUUGGUGGAUUUACCCCAAAAUUCAAGGGUAUCAACACAAAUAUGUGCAGUGCCUAGCAGGUAGUGGUAUAUUUGCUUGCAUCCAUGGUACUUUAUAGAUAUUAAUUUAACAUGGUUAUCAUUUUUAGCUCUCUCAAAACACAAGGUACAAUAUUUGGAUCCCAAUUCUGACUCUUGUGCCCUGAUGUGAAGCAGCUGCAGGAUCCAGUAGUUUAAAACACUAAAGCAAAAUCUUCUUCUGCGUUUGGAACGGUCUGGCUUCUUCAUCUGUCGGCCUCACAGGUGACUUUAUGAAUAAAUGCAAGAACUACAGAAAAUAUUUUCUCCAGAUGUACUUUAUUCUGCGUUGGGUCAAUGGAUCUGUGUAUGUUUGUGAUGUAAAUACAGUGCUUUAUAUUAUUGCAUUUUAGGGUUUUAUUUGUGGAGCUGUUUGUCCCAUUAUGUCUUUGUUUUAGGCAAAUGCAUGUUUUUUUUUUUUUUUUUCUUUAUGAAUCUUUCUUCCCCUUUCUCUUUUAAGAAUGUCCAUUUAUAAUGUAUAAAACAAUAAAGGUGCCAAUAUGUUGACAUUUGAAACACC